AUGACUAGUCUAGAGACUAGCCUCGCACAGUUCGGACAUCAGCCUUCACUUGCAGCACUCGAACCGUCAGUGGCUGAGCCUGAUCCGGAGGAAUCACAGGUAAGGUAUGAUCCGAUGGAUGUGGAUCUAGACGCAGUGCUAGAAGAAGAACCUGAAGAAGAAGAGCCCGAAGGAGAGCCUAAGGAGGCCUUAGAGGAGGAACCAGCAGAAGAUAUAGAGUUAAAACCAGAGGAUGAGCCAGAGGAAGAGCCAGAAGAGGAGUCUGAAGAGGAGGAGCAGAUUGAGGUCCCGUUAGAGUCGGGUGAUGAGGACAACCCGAUUAAGAUCGAGGCAGACUCUGAGCCCUCAGAGGAGCAGGUGGCUCAGGAGGAUUCAGACUCGGGUUCUGAAAAGUCUGACUCGGAGUAG